AAAAGUACCGUGUACUAAAUACUUAUGUGCAUAUUGGAGGGGGAGUGCUGAAGAAAUGUUGGAAAGAAACUCUUAAAGGUUUAAUAACAAUUAACAUGGAUAAAAUUGAGACUAAAAUCUAGUGACUUUCGCAUCAGCCUGUUGGCGCUAAUACAGAGCGACCGGGAAUGUGUUGGUAAAGGGUAGCAUGCGGAUUUUUUAUUUCUCUUUGGAUGUGCUCGGAGUUUGCCAAGGCAUAGAGAUGAUGGGUUAUGUGACAGCCUGCAUCUCUGGGGUUGUGGAGGGGGGCUGGGCUUGUGUCGCUGAAGAAAUUCAGGAGUUUGAGAAUAGGGAGGACACGAGUCCAGCGUGCCUUUGUUUUGUUUGGUCCUGAAAGUGGAAUAUUACUAAGAGAGAUUUCUGAAAGAUACAAAAGUAAGUCUGACUUAGGAGAGGAAAAACUGAUAUAAGAUAAAGUUUGAUGCUUUCCACACAGAACGGUCUGUGUGCAGUCUGGAUUUACGGGCUAAAGUCUGCAAGUGCUCCUGCUGACUCAGACAGUGACAUAUUGCUGGAAUUGCGAUAGCAGUGAUACCUGUUACAGUGCACGCUGCAUGAACCAAGUCGUUGAACUGCUUCCUGAUACAAUCAGUGCUUUCCGUCUCUCCAUCUGUAUAUGCAGUACAAGUUCCUGUCUGUUUCACAACGUGUGCUUGUAUAAUCAGUGUUAACAUCCUCAGUUCGCGUUCUUUCUACUGAAGGACGAGCCAUGGGGCAGAUGAUCAAGGAAACGAAUGCAACUUUACUGCGUGGUGGCUGGGUGGCACUUGUGUGCUGGGGAUGGUUCCCGUUCACUGCGUGAACCUGCGACCCAAAACCGUGUCCCCGCUGGAAUGCGCGGGCGGUGCAGACGCUGCUGCCACCACCCGCGGCUCGUACGGGACAUUGCCCUGCGUGCAGAGGAAGGGUUGAGUCUGCUUUGCUCUCAGGUACCGGCUUCCAUGUGCAAGACAACAUAUGAGGAGCUCAGUGUGGGACCCUUAAAGCAGAUUGUGGAGAGUUCAGACCCCUCUCUUCCAGUUAUAGGACAUAGACUUUGGCUGUAUUUUUCACAACUGCUGAAGCUAGAAAUCCGAGCGGAUGCCUGUGCCACCGCCGCCACCACCUCCUCCUCCACCACCUCCACCACCUUCUGGAGGGCCCCCUCCACCACCACCACCACUGGCAAGCUCAGAGAUACCAAAAUUGCGAAAGGAAGACCAAAAAGCACGAAGUGCACUCUUGGCUGAUAUCCAGCAGGGAACUCGCCUGAGGAAAGUGACCCAAAUCAACGACCGCAGUGCACCACAGAUUGAAAAACCCAAAGGAGCAAACAGAGAUGGCGGUAACACAGCUGUUAAUAAAGGUGGCUUUCAGCAGCCUCUGGGAGGUUUAUUUGCUGGUGGUUUUCCUGUUCUCAGACCAGCAGGCCAGAGGGACAUGACAGCAGGGAGGCCUGGGCAGCUGUCCGGAGGCCGAGCAGCAUCCCCCAGACCGCCGGCACCGCCGAGCGGCGGCGCUGCCAAGGCGGGCAGCAGCCCCUCGCACCCGGCCGAGGGCCCGAGGGCCGCGGCCCCGCCGGAGCCUCCCGGCACCUCCCGAGCCGCGGCGGCAGCGGGCCCCGCUCGGCCCAGCCUGCCCGCGCCCCCUCCACCGCCCCCCGCUUCCAGCAAGCCUUCUCUCAUCUUCCCUCCUCCGCCCCCUCUGCCCCCUCCGGCCGAUCGCCCCGCCAAGGGGCCGACCCCCGGCGCGGCGCCCCCGCUGCCGCCCCCUCAGGCUGACAAACCCACCAAGCCCCAAGCAGGCCCUUCGCUCCCUCCUCCUCCCCCUCCUCCGCCGCUGCCCCCCGUGUCCCCCUGCGGGCUGCCGGGCAGGGCCGCCGAGCCCCCUGCGGCCGCCGCUCCCGCCGAAGGCCGGGACUGCGCCCUUCCCACACCGCCUCCUCCGCCGCCCCCUCCGCCGCCACACGCGGCCCCCAGCAGGCUCUCCUUUCCCCCCUCGCCGGCCUUCAGCGCCGCCGACCUGCCCCCGCCGCUGCCCCCCAAGGCUCCCCACCCGCUGCCGCAGCUGCACAAGCCAAGCAACAUCCAGUCCCUGCCGCUGCCGCCCACCCCCGGGCCGCCCCAGCCCGCAGCCGUGCUGGACACCAGGAAGAAGAGACCCGGCAGAGGCGCAGGAACUGGUGCUGGGAAGUUGGUCACACCUCCACAGCCACCAGCAAGAUCCCCAACAACUGAACUUACAAGCAAGUCUGGAGUCUCAGCCUGGGCUACAGCUCAUGACCCCUACACACCACUUAAAAAUGGAAAUAUGCACAUCAUUGAUGACUUCGAAUCGAAAUUUACUUUCCAUUCUGUGGAAGAUUUCCCUCCACCUGAUGAAUUCAAACCAUUUCAGAAAACAUAUCCCAGCAAGAUACCCAGAGAUCCCUCUAAAAAUCCUCCAUUAAGAACACACGUGAGAUGAGAAGAGUCUUCUGGUGCUCUCUGGACUAGUAUUAAAAAAGAAGAUCAAGAUAAUGUAUAAAACAGAAGGGGUUCCUGUUGCAGUGAUUGAUUGUACUUGAGUCACAAGAACUGCAAUAUUAACAUUUCUAUAAACUGUAAAACAAUAUAAAUUAUACCUUUUGAACUGGCCUACAUACUACAGGAAUGUUAGUACAGGCUUUUAAAUUACUGUAUAUAGGUGAAUAUUUUUUAAGCAAAGCAGCAUAAAAUUUAAAUUCUUUGUAGUGUUGAAAGAAUUCUAAUUCUUAUUGUGCUGGCAAUGUUACCUCAGACUGUUUUGUGCUAUGUGCCCAUAGUUCUUUUUUCCCCUUCCAUCAUAAUUUUUGGAAAUUCUCUAGUUAUUAUUGAGGCAUUUUUUCAAUGAAUUGUCAAACUAAUAUAUUCUCUUUAGUCUGUUUUUAUGUUUCUUCACUUCUUUCAUUCUGCCUGGCCACAGAUUGCAGCAGGAUGUCCCUUUCAUGAAGAAAUGGGCCCACAAUCCUUUUCUCAUGAAGCAUGAAGAGGAGAUGACAAGGAGCUGUGGCUGCUAAUGAGCCUUCCUCCUAAUGAUUACAUAUCCUUAUAGGAUAGUGUUUGAAGAAGCCCAGCUGUGUAGGGUGGUUAUGGACUUGACAAAGAUGACAGAACCUUUCCAAAGCGGAAGAAAAGGAAGUUGCUGUAUUGUAAGCAAGAAAAAGAAAUGGUGUGUGUGAAUACAGUGCUGUGAUGAGUUUGUGUAAGGACACAUGUCCUGUCUUUUCCCGCUGGCAAAGGGGAUAUUUACCAUUUCUGUGAUAGAUUGCCUUUACCCAGCAAUUACAAGGCCUUUGGAUGAGGGGUCUACAUUUUAAACAGGCAACUGCUAUUCACCAGCAGUGAAGGGUCAUUGUCCAAAACACACCACGUGGAACACUCAGCCCCCAAAGUUGUUGUUGUCUCAAAUGGAGUUGAGAAUAAAGUAGAAAAUAACAACUUAGUGGACAAGACUUGAACUACUGCUUUUAAUAUUCAGACCUUGGGUAAGGUCUUCAGAUCACAGAUGUUCAGAUCUGCUCCUAAGAUACUUGUUUCUAACAAGAAUUACCCUUAUUCUUGUGCAUUGGGAGGAGUGGUGCCAGGUCAAGGAGGUGAAUUCUUCCCCUCUGGGCAGCACUAGUGAUGCCACACCUGAUAUGCAGCCCUGUGUGCUGUGUCCAAAUUCUGGGCUCCCCAGUGCAAGGAAGACAUGGUUGUGCUGAAGAGAGUCCUACAAAAGGCCACAAAGGUGAUGAAGGGGCUGGAGCACCUCUCCCAUGAGGAAGGGCUGAGAGAGCUGGGUCUGAUCAGCCUAGAAAAGAGAAGGCUUUCCAAUGUAAGCAAAUAUUUGAAGGGAGGGUUUAAAGAUGGAGCCAGACUCUUCGGUGGUGUCCAGUGACAGGAGACCAGAGGAAAUGGGCACCUGCAACACAGGAGGCACUGUCAGAACAUCAGGAAGUGCUUUUUGACUGUGGGGGUGACUGAGCCUUGGAACAGGUUGCCCAGGGACCUUGGAGUCUCACUCCUUAAAGAUACUCAAAAGCCAUCUGGACUUUGUCCUCAGCACCUGGUACUAGGUGAUCCUGUUUGGCCAGGUGUUAGACCACAGAACCUGUAGCCAUCCCUUUGAAUCCCAACCACCCUCUGAUUCCCCUUUUUACAGCUUUUCUGCAUUCCCAGACGUCGGUUACAACAACCCAAGGCACUGCUGGGGGCAGAGUGGCUGGAAAUCUGUCUGCCACUAAAGGACCUGAGUGUGCUGACUGACAGUAGCUACACAUGCUGAACAGGGGCCAGUGUGUGCUCUGGUGGUCCAGAAAGCCAACAACAUCCUGGCAUGAGGAGGUUCAGAGAGGACCUUACCGCUCUCUAUAGCCCCAAAGGAUACUGUACCCAUGUGGGGGUCAGUCACUUCUCUCAAGUAACAAGUCAGAGGACAAAAGGAAAUGUCCUCAAACUGUGCUAGAGGAGGUUUAAAUCAAUAUUAGGAAAAACAUCUUCACCAAUAGGGUGGUCAGGCAUUGGAACAGGCUCCUCAGGGAAGUGGUGAAGUCACCAUUUAAUACCUACAGGUAUUUAAAAGACUUGUAGAUGUGGCACUCAGGGUCAUGGUUGAGUGGUGAAUGUGGCAGUGCUGGGUUAACAGUUCCAUUACAUGAUCUCCAAUAUAAAUGAUUUCGUGAUUCACCAGCCUGAAAAAGAAUACUGCAGUUCCAGGAUGAGUCUGGUGCUAACAGCCAGGCUAUUUCAGUUAUGGCAAUAAUUUAUAUAAUUGCCAUCAAUUCCCCUCAGUUAGAGGUGUAAUAAUAUUAUAGAUCACUGAUGAUCUUGCCCCAUGGUGUUGCCUUUAAACAAAACUAUUUGGAAAAGACAGGUAACUGCAUCUUUACAUCCUUGCUUUUCUCUUUGUUCUUACAGCAGCUCAGUUAUGCUGCAAAUAUUCCCAUACACAUGCAGUUUCAUGGUGUGAGAUUGUGUAGGGGUAAGAAGCUCUUCACCCACAGGACUCCAAGAAAGCAACAUUUGUCUUUUCCUAGCCUAUUAUAACUUGCUGUACAUUAUGUGAAAAGAAAGAAGAAAAAAAAAUGGUGAUACUUUGACCAAUACUUGUCAGUAGUUAUUUGAUAAAUAUGCAUGAAUAUAGUAACAAGCAAGAAUCUACAUUGCUACUUAAACAACUGGAAAAGUUGAAUACUGUUUUUAAAACUAUUUUGUUAUAGUACAAUUAAAAGUGGCAUAUUGUUGGCUCUCA